AUGAAGGGAAGAAUCUACGAAAGUAGGACAGGUUUGUGUCUUCUGGCACUAUUCGUGUCCUUUUUGAUUGACAAUCACGCUGUCAUCGCUAAACCAGAACCAGCCUCUUACGAUAUUGAAGAUCCAGAAGAACUAGUACUUCUCCAAAGAUUACGAACUAUUGUGAGGCAUAAGCAGGAAGUAAUUGAUCAGGAAAAAGAACUUACCGAAGAACAAAUUGCCAUUCAGGCGAUACUUGAUGCUAAAGCUCGAAGUGAAAGAGGUCAUGAAACAAUGUUGGAAGAGGAAUUCUCCAUGGAAGAUACAGAAACUCUUCCCGUUCCCAGUGCAAUAUUUAAUCCUGGACCACAACACACGGGAGGGAAACGUACCUGUAAGAAAAAAUAUAUGACUCUCUGUCACUUCAAGAUUUGCAAUAUGGGACGAAAACGACAGUUAUGAAAACAAAAUUCUCCACUAACGAUGCAUUGAUUUUCAAUUAACAAGAAUUCCAUCGAAACAUCAUCAAUAUUUUCCUUUUCCUCAAGAACUUUAUAAUUUCGAAAUUGCAUCGUUUUUUUUAAAUUAAUCCAUUUUUUCUAACAAAGAGACCUUGCUAAAAAGAAUUUUGGUAAAAAAAGACAAAUUUUCAUUCGACGAAGUGUAGUAAAAUUUUUAGCAGAUUUUCAGCCCUUUUUUUAAUUUAAUCAUUUUUUUUUAAAUUUCCCUCAAGAUCUUCAAUUUCUGUUAAAAAAAAAACAAAAGAAAAAAUGAAUUCAAUACAAAACUUGUGUCAUUCCUAUUUUGUGAUCAGAAGAACGUAUCGACAUCAGCACAAAGCUAGGCUCAUCUGUAAAAUUUCAUCAAAAAAAAAAAAAAAAAAAAGAAUUUAAUGAUAAAUAAUUAAAUCAAAAUAUUUUAAAGAAAAACAAAAGUUUCUUAUUUAAUCCAGCUCUUUGUAGAUUUUAAUUUUUGAAUAAUGGUCCUAAACUUUGUGCGGAUUGUCAGGACUUCUGUCAAAAAAAAAAAGAAAAUUAUUUAAAAAAACUAGGAAAAAAAAUGUUACAACGAAUUGUAGAACAUUAUUAAAAUCUGCUUAACGAAAAAAGAUAUUGACCAAUUCUUAAGAAAUUCUAGAAAAUAUCGUGUAAUUUUGAAAAAAAAACUAACGAAACAAAAGUUACCGAUUAAAUAACAAUUUUUCUUAAGAAUGUCUUUGAAUGUUAAGACGCGAAACAAGAAAAUAAUUCUUGACGAUAAUGAAUCUAGUAUUUCACAGUAUGUUCAAAUGUAAAGAAUUUGUUUUCAACCCAUUUUUUUUCUCAUAAUUUCUUUUUGAAAGGUCGAAAACAAUUUCUUUAAAAUUUGUCCACAAUCGAUGUUAUAGUCUAAUCUCUCGAAUUUUAAUUUAUUCUCUAGAUAUAGUUUUUUGGAGGGUGCAAUUGGCAGGACUUGAGAUUUAAUUCGGUAUUAGAUAAUUGUUACACAUACCAAAGAAGUGUCAAUAUUUUUGAAGAGAAUUAAAAAGAAAAAAAAAAUAAUAAACAGAACGAAAGGUUGAAAAAUGCCUUGAGACUGACGACGAGGCACAAAGUGUGCGGAUAUAAGAAUUUUUUUUUAAGCCGAGUUCAAAAAAACAAUUUUUAUUUUUUCAAUUAUUAUAUUCAUGAAAAUGUAAAUUUUAUGAAUGAAAUGAAUGAGAAAAAUGAAAGAGUUUAAAUGCCAGCAUCCUUCGUAUUAAAUUAUUUUGCUUAAGAACAAUGUCGUCAUAUCCGUCUUUUUUGAAUAUAUAAAAAAACUAUUUAUUUAA